ACGCGUCCCGGCGUGCAUUGCGGCGGGGGCGGCUCGGAGGCGGGAAAGUCCUGAGGAGGAGGUGCGGCGCUUUUGGGGCGUGGUUCGUGCGGCGGCUUUUGUGGCGGUUACGGGGUGGUACCUGGCCAGGGUGAAAGGCUGAAGAUGUCCAGGAACUUCUCUGACACAGGCAGCAGAAAAGAACAUGUUAAAAUCACAAGUGAGUCCAAACCAGGGUUCCUGGAGAGGCUUAGUGAGACAUCUGGAGGAAUGUUGAUGGGACUAGUGACAUUUCUUCUGUCUUUCUACCUUCUUUUUACCAAUGAAGGACGAGCUUUAAAGACAGCCAAAUCUCUUGAUGAGGGACUUUCUCUUGUGAUGCCUCUUGAUAGCAUCCACAGUGUGUCUCAGCAGAAUGAGGGGAGAUUGGUGCACUUAGCUGGCGCUCUGAGUACAUCUAAGCCUUUGUUUGAUCCCAGCUAUGGGCUUUCCAUCCAUGCCGUCAAACUUAAGCGUAAAGUGGAAAUGUACCAAUGGAUAGAAUAUGAAGAUUCCAGGGAAUAUGAAGAGAAUGGUGAGAUUAAGAAAGAGACAAAGUAUUCAUACAAUACCGAAUGGAAAUCAGAAGUUGUGAACAGCAGAAACUUUGAUCGAGAAAUUGGACACAAAAACCCUAGUGCAAUGGCUGUGGAGUCUUUCACUGCUGUUUCUUCUAAUGUCCAGGUUGGCAGCUUUGUUCUUUCCAAAGGUCUUGUGGAUAAAAUUGAUGACUUCAAGCAGCUGAGCUUGUCAAACCUUGAGGAUCCACAUGCUGAUGUUACCCGAGCAGGAGAUUACUUUUACCACAGUGAGAACCCAAGGCGUCCAGAAGUAGGAGACCUUCGUGUCUCAUUCUUCUAUGCAGGUCUGAGUGGAGAUGACCCCCAUUUGGGCUCUGCUGAUAAGGUGACUGUGGUUGCUCGCCAACGAGGUGAUCAGCUGGUUCCAUAUCAUACCAAGUCGGGAGAUGUGCUGCAGAUUCUGUAUCCUGGGGACCUCUCUGUGGAGGAAGUGUUUCAGAAGGAGCAUGAGAGUAACACCAUGAAGACCUGGGCCCUCCGUGCAGCAGGCUGGCUGGCGAUGUUUGUAGGCAUCAGCCUAAUGACCCGAAUCUUUUACACUUUGGUGGACUGGUUUCCUGUUGUGAGAGAUCUGGUUAACAUUGGAUUAAAAGCAUUUGCCCUCUGCGUCGCCAGUUCGCUGUCGCUCCUGACUAUCUCCAUUGGCUGGCUCUUCUACCGCCCUCUCUGGGCUUUGCUGAUUGGGUUGCUGUCUAUCGUUCCAAUUGUGGUUGCAAAGUCUCGUGUUCCACCAAAGAAGCAGCAGUGAGAAGGAGGUGGUUGGGUUUUGCACUGAAUCCUGGUUAGAAACUUUCCAAGUGCACUUCUGUCCCGGUUACUGCAGCGUGCUUACAGCAUAUCACAGCUCAGCAGUGUGCACCAGGGGCUGGGGAAGGGGGCUUGAAUGUGGUUAUUGAUACACGUUAUCCAUGAAGAAUAUGACUAUAGGACUUGGAGGAAGUCAAUUAAAUCAAUGUUGGGGCAAAAAAGGAUUUUAGAGUGUCUGAAUUUGUUGUAAGUCAAUAAGCAAGCAGAUUUGUACCUCUUGCCACUUACUGAUUCCCCAGGUUUGAGAUCUGGCAAGUCCCCACUGACAGUUGAGGACACCUUGUGUAUUAUGGAGGAAUUGCCGAUGUUAUCACAUGAACUGUGCUGAGAUAUCCUUAGGAAAUACGUGUGUGUACCUGUCUCUGACAAACCCUUCCUCUGCUGCCUUUUCUUACAGGCACGGUUAUGUAUCAUGUUCACUUCUUCGAUGCAUUUGGAAGUGUAUGUGUUCAAAGGAAAAACAGCUGAAUUUUACACAAUACUGGUAUAAAAUAACAUGCUUUUGGACUGAGGAAUUUCAAAGUAACUUGAAAUAAUGAAUGGUCAGGUUAGCAGCGCUCUGAGGUGUGGUGCAUUUGUUAGAAAGCAUUGAUUUUCCCCAGCUUUUUAGAAGUCCCUGAAGUUAUUGGUUAAACAUCCAAAAUGGUAGCGUGGAAAAUAGCACUGCAUAACCAUUUAAAAAAUGUAGCUUUGAAUUGCACUUAUUUAAAGUGAUACACAGAGGUGACUGCCCUGUAAAAAUAAAACAUACUGCCUUGUAACAGAAUUUCCUUUUAUAAUUGAAUGUAUAUUCUUUUAAGUUGUGAGUUGUUUGUAGUUUUGGGGUUUUUUUGCUAUGUAUACUGUUUCUUUCUUGAAUUUCACUUAGUAAGGACAAUCAACAUCCUCCAUGAAAUUAAAUCAUUAUAAUAUUGCCUGAUUAGAUUUCAUAGACUUCAGUAGCCUUAAUUUUGAGCUUUAUAUCAUGUUAGAGGAAUGCUGCCUUGUAGUGUUGUGAUGGCUCAUGUUUACAUAUUUCUGCUGUAACCAGUACUUGAGAUUAGAGACUAUCUUGCACUGGUUUUAAGUCUCCACUAAGCUAGAGGCUGGCUUCCAGAUGUGCCGUCCCUAUACUACAGUAGCUUUUAUUUCCUUUAAGUAUACAUAAAUCAGUACAGAAAAUGUCUUAUUGAUGAAAUGCAGUUAUGACUGUCAGGAGAAAUGCCUUCUCCAUACCAAAGGAACUUAACUUGAACAUAAAUAGAUGGAAAUGUUUGCUACAAACGGUACUGAGAUAGAGAACUGUGUUAUAAAUGUUUUGAGAAGUAGUAAUUACUUUGUUAGCCUUAAUUAUUUUCAUUCUUCUGGUAUUUGAACAUUGUUGAUUGAGUCUCAUGGUUCGGUUCUGCUGGUAAGAGUAGUAGUAGUAGUGAGUGAAACAUUAUAGGAAGUGCAAGUGGUCUCAUGAGUACACCUGACAAGCAUUAGCAAUUCUGUGCAGUCUUCUUGCUGCUCACUAACACCAACUUCUAUUCCAUCAAUUAAUAAUUGCACUUCACAUGGGAGAAAAAACACAUGGAGUGCAAUUUUACCAAAGCUGCAGGGCACUGACCAGCAUUACCAAAUGAGAGAUGAAGUGCAAUUUUCUACAGAAGUGCUAAGCUUUUGUA